UCCCUCUCUCCCUCUCCCGCUUUGCUUUCUAUCUGACAAGAAGGGAACGUCGUCGAGUAAGUGAAGUCGAAGAACAGCGGGGGUGCCGAAGGAGUACGCGACGGAGAUAAAGUUGCCUUCACUGCAAGCGGGCUCCCGUAUUGCUUCCGAUCAAAAUGUCGUAACUUUCGAUCGUCAGGGAGGGGGCAAAGGGAGCGUCGUCGAAGUAGCAAAGUCGAACAACAACGGAGGGGCCGAAGAAGCACGCGAAUGGGAGAAAGUUAACUUCACAGCGAUCGAGCUCCUAUUGUUGCCUCCGAUCAAAGUCGUAACUUCCGAUCCUAUAGAAAGGGAACGUCGACGGAAGAGCGAAGUCGAACGGAAACGGAAGAGCCGAAGGAGCGUGCGAAGGGGAAGAGCGGAAAGAAAAGCACGAAGACCUUCCCCCUUUUGGCCUUUUAAGACGCGAGAGGAUCGUGGGGAGCCAUGUCUUCGAUGUGCGAGGGUAUGGCAUCGAACGUAGCCAGACAGCAUCAUGGAAUUUGUUUAUGCAUAUGGAGACCAAGAGUUUGUGUUGUUCGUACCUUUUAUAUGACUACCGUAUGAUGGUCUUAACGUUGAAAAUGAGCACCGACCAUCUAUGCAGUUCAUUGCUUGGAGCACCUAGUGUUUCAAUAACCAGAAGAAACUCUGGAAAACCUACCUUCUUGAGAAGAAAUAAAAAUGUACAGGCUCCCUUUAUAUUCCUAUUUUUAGGUCAGCAUAAACAGUGUUGCAAAUAUCCUAGUCUUUCACUUGUGAAUGGUAAAAGUGUUGAUUUUCCUUUAAGAAAUACUUGUAACAGAAGUCAUUUCAGAGUUAGCUGCACUAAGGAGCAGUUCCCAAGGAACUCUGUUCUAGUUAAACCUUUUGUGCCUUUGUUUAAGGAUGCUUUGUUACUUGUAAGGUUCUCCAUGUUUGUUGCUGUGAUGUUUGCCGUUGGAAUUUUCUUAUGGUAUGCUCAGAAAAGGGCUAAGAGGUUUGUUGAGUCCCAGCUUCUUCCUUCUGUUUGCUCCAUUCUAAGUGAGUACAUCCAAAGAGAAAUUGAUUUUGGCAAAGUUCAGAGUGUUUCACCUUUAGGCUUCACUCUCGAGGCAUGCUCUAUUGGGCCCCAUCAGGAAGAAUUUUCUUGUGGUGAGGUAUCUACCAUGAAAAUUCGUGUCCGUCCAUUUGCAAGCUUGAGGAGGGGAAAGAUUGUGUUAAAUGCUUUUCUAUCACAGCCUAAUAUUCUAGUGUCACAGAAGGAGGAUUUCUCCUGGUUGGGUAUUCCUUCAUCAUCUUUUAGUGGUUUGCGUAGGCAUCGUUCAUUGGAAGAAGGGAUAGACUAUCGCACUAAAACUAGAAGACUUGCAAGAGAAGAAUCAGUUGCUCGUUGGAGCAAAGAACGGGUCAAAGCAGCAAGGGAGGCUGCUGAGCAGGGUUACAUAGUUCCUCAAGGAAGGUCAGAUUACUUGAUGAAUGAUGAGUCAAAGGACGAUUCUUUACAUUCUGGUUUUCCUCCCCAAUUCAGUUCAUUUAACUGCAUGGAUGAAAAUAUGUUUUGCAAGGAUAAUCAUAGCCGAUCCAUUUGGGCUGAGUAUGGUUUGAAGCAUGCUGAUAUGGAGAAAUCCUUUGGUGCGCGAUCUGGUCAUGGACAAAUCUUCUGGUCGAAAAUUAUGCCCGAGUUUAUGAGGCAUAGGUUGAAAGGAAUUUUUAGAACGGGAGUGUCACCAGCAUCUGGCAUAGCUGCCAAGAAAAGAAACCUCCAGAGAAGUGCAGCUGCUGCUCGUGCAUAUUUCCAUGGUCCAUCGAACGGGAAGACUGAUGAGCCGUGUACCAAUCAAAGAGUGGAUUCUUCUUAUGAAGGUUGUAAAGAUAAUAGUGCCAAGGCUAUUCAAUUAAGUGUGCUUGAUAAACAUAGCUCUGAAGAUCAUUCCAGGUAUUUAUCUACAAAUAAUGAGGAAAUAUCGCCUCCUUAUAAUGUUUCUGCAUCUUCAAUGGGUAUGGGAAGGCUUGAGAAACCAACCAAUAUUAUCCUCCACAGAGAUGAAAAUGUCAAAAUUGAUGAUCCCAAACAUGGUAAUUUAGGUUUUAGGGAAUUAGAUGACCAUAAAUCAAUAUCCCGGCCAUUUGCUUUGGUCAAUGACAAACUUUUGUCAAGUGAGAAUUUUAUAUCAGGUACUGGAGCUGGCAAAAGCUCUCAUGAAACCGUGAAGAAGGUGAAGUCCAGUUUUUUAGGUCCACAUAGUGGAUAUUUCCAACUGAACAAAAAUAAUCGUAAUCAGUUGUUUAAUUUCGACAAUUUGUUGGAUCCUGUCUUAGAAAAUGCUAAGAAUAGUUCAGAAGAUGCAAGAUGCCUUGACAAUGGGGGCUUCCAUCAUGGAUCAUUUAAUUUGUUGCACCACCUCAUUCCAGGCUGGCUUGUAGACCUAACGUUUAACCUGUUUAGAUUCAGAUUACCUGAAAAUCCACCUCUUUUCGAUUGGCUCAUUGUUCAAGCUCAAGAAUUUAAGUCAUACUUCUCUAUAAAAGCUGCGGACAUUGCUGCUGAACUAAGUGAGGAGAUAGAACAAAUUCAUGCAAAGGGUGUUGAGAAAGUCCUUCCAAUUACCCUAGAUUCUGUUUAUUUCAAUGGGGGCACUCUUAUGGUACUUGGUUACGGUGACAGGGAGCCCAGGGAAAUGUUGAAUGCUAAUGGGUAUGCAAAGUUUCAAAACCAAUACAGUCGUGUUCAUGUGCAACUGAGUGGGGACUGUGUAGGAUGGAGAACCGACAACACUUCUUAUAAUGGAGGGCAGCUCACAACACUUGUUUAUGUCGAUACAACUGAACAGAAAUGGCAUGCCAACUUGAAGAUCUCAAGCCUCUUUGCUCCUCUAUUUGAGAGGAUUUUUGAUAUUCCGAUCAUUUGGUAUCAAGGAAGAGCUACCGGUGAGGUUCACCUUUGCAUGUCAACAGGAGAUACUUUUCCUAAUAUUCAUGGACAACUUGAAGUGACUGGUCUGUCUUUCCAGAUAUAUGAUGCUCCUUCUAUUUUCUCGCAAGUAACUGCAACUUUGUGCUUCCGCGGACAAAGGGUAUUUUUGCACAAUGCAGUUGGCUAUUUUGGAGAUGCUCCUAUCGAAGCCUCUGGUGACUUUGGCAUAAAUCCUGAUAAUGGGGAAUUUCAUUUGAUGUGUCAGGUUCCAAAUGUCGAGGUGAAUGCCCUUAUGAAGACUUUAAAAAUGAGACCAUUAAUGUUUCCUGUAUGUUCAUUCCUAUGUUUUAUGGUUUUGGCUGGCACAAUAACCGCCAUAUUCAAUUGUCAAGGUCCUUUGGAUGCUCCUUUGUUUGUAGGAAGUGGAAACAUCUCUAGAAAGGCUUAUUAUUCACUUUCUACUUAUCAGCCAUCUGCUGCAUCAGAAGCAGUAACUAAAAAUAAAGAUGCCGGCGCAGUGGCUGCAUUUGACCAUAUUCCAUUUUCUCACGUAUCGGCUAAUUUUACUUUCAAUCUUGAUAACAGUGUUGUUGAUCUCUAUGGUAUAAGGGCUACACUCCUCGAUGGUGGAGAAAUUCGUGGUGCUGGCACUGCAUGGAUUUGCCCAGAGGGGGAGGUUGAUGAUACAGCAAUGGAUGUGAACUUUUCUGGAAAAUUUUUGUUUGACAAAGUCUUACAGCGAUAUUUGGCUGAAGGCGUUCAAAUGAUUCCUUUCAAAAUUGGGGAGGUCAAUGGGGAGACCAAGUUGUCUGGGCCCAUUUUGAAACCGAGAUUUGAUAUAAAGUGGGCUGCACCUGAAGCUGAAGAUUCAUUCACUGAUGCACGAGGAGAGAUUAUAAUUUCUCAUGAGUUUAUCACAAUCAUCUCAUCGGCAGUUGCCUUUGACUUGAAUACUAAAAUUCAAACUCUUUAUGUUGAUAAAAGUUUGCAGCUGGAAGAAAAUUUAGAGUAUCGGCAAACUAUGGCCACUUUUAUUAUAGAGGCAAUUGAGCUGGAUUUACGGAUGCGUGGUUUUGAGUUAGCUAGUUUUGUUUCAACUCCUUUUGAAGCACCUAGGCCGCUUCAUUUGAGAGCAACUGGAAGGUUUAAACUUCAAGGAAAAGUUGUAAGGCCGAACAGAAGUAUUGAUGGGAAGGAACCAGGAUCUUGUGGGAUGCCAUACCUUCACAUGGUUGACAGUGACAAACCAAGGCUUUCUGGAGAGGUUUCCCUAUCUGGAAUCAAGAUUAACCAACUUAUGUUGGCACCUCAGCUGGCUGGUUCUCUCUCUAUAUCACAUGAUGCUAUAAAGUUGGAUGCCAUGGGUAGAGCAGAUGAAAAUUUAUCCAUCGAGGUCAUCGGGCCAAUAAGUCAUCGAACUGAUGAGACCCCAUAUAACAAUAAAUCAUUAUCUAUUUCCCUUCAGAAGGGACAACUUAAAGCUAAUAUUUGUUACCAGCCUCAACAGUCUGCUAAUUUGGAGGUAAAAAACUUACCACUUGAUGAAUUGGAGCUUGCUUCUCUUCGUGGAUCUAUCCAGAGGGCUGAGAUCCAGCUUAAUUUUCAGAAGAGGAGAGGUCAUGGAAUAUUAUCGGUGCUUCAUCCAAAAUUUAGUGGUCUGCUGGGGGAAGCACUUGAUGUUGCUGCCCGAUGGAGCGGUGAUGUUAUUACAGUUGAAAAAACUAUUCUAGAACAAGCUAGCAGCAGAUAUGAACUUCAAGGGGAAUAUGUGUUGCCUGGAACACGUGAUAGGUAUUCCAAUGAAAAUAAAGGUGUUGCUUUACUUAAGAGAGCUAUGGCUGGGCAUUUUGGCAGUGUGAUUUCAUCAAUGGGGAGAUGGCGUAUGAGACUAGAAGUUCCAGGUGCUGAAGUUUCUGAAAUGCUUCCACUUGCGAGGCUCCUUUCUCGAAGUACAGACCCUGCUGUUCAGUCUAGAUCAAAGGAGUUUUUUAUGCACUGUCUUCAAUCUGAUGGAUUUCAUGCUGAGGGCCUUCGUGAUCUGCUUGAGGAAAUACAAAACCAUUAUAAGUGGUCAGAAGAUAAUAUCCUUGAAGAUGUUACACUCCCGGGAUUAGCUGAAUUUAGGGGUCAUUGGCGCGGUUCUCUUGAUGCCAGUGGAGGUGGAAAUGGGGAUACAAUGGCAGACUUUGACUUUAGUGGAGAAGAUUGGGAGUGGGGAACUUACAAGUCUCAGCGUAUCAUAGCUUCCGGUGCAUACAGCAAUAAUAAUGGUUUGCGCCUUGAGAAAUUGUUCAUCCAAAAAGAGAAUGCAACUCUUCAUGCAGAUGGAACCUUGUUGGGACCAGUGUCAAAUCUUCAUUUUGCCGUUCUUAAUUUUCCUGUUAGUCUAGUUCCAACUUUGGUUCAGAUUAUCGAGUCCUCAACUGCAGAUGCAGUACAUCCCUUGCGGCAAGUAUUGUUACCCAUCAAAGGUAUCUUGCACAUGGAAGGAGAUCUUAGAGGAAACCUCGCAAAGCCCGAAUGUGAUGUUCAGAUAAGGCUCCUAGAUGGUGCUAUUGGCGGCAUCGAUCUUGGACGAGCUGAGAUUGUUGCUUCUGCUACAGAAAAUAGUAGAUUCUUGUUUAAUGCCCACUUUGAACCUGUAAUUCAAAGCGGUCAUGUUCAUAUUCAAGGUAGCAUUCCUGUGACUUACAGCCAGGAUGAUUCAGCAGAUGCAAUUGACAAUGAAGGGGAUGUUUCAGUUGGUUCUUUGAGGAAUCCUAUCUGGUUAAAAGAAAACGAAAGAGGUUCCUCAGAUGAAACUAGUGAGAAGAAGGUUAGCAGAGAAAAACAUGAAGAGGGUUGGAAUAUUCAGUUAGCUGUAGCUGAAAGCCUCAAAGAUUUGAACUGGAAUCUGCUAGAUGCUGGCGAGGUGAGAAUAAAUGCAAAUAUUAAGGAUGGUGGAAUGAUGCUGUUAACGGCCCUGUCUCCAUAUGCCAACUGGCUCCAUGGGUUUGCUGAUAUUGACCUACAGGUUACAGGCUCUGUUGAACAGCCCAUUGUGGAUGGAUCUGCAUCAUUUCACAGAGCAACUGUCUCUUCACCUGCAUUAUGGAAGCCACUAACUAAUUUUGGAGGUACCGUUCACGUUAUAUCAAACAGGAUAUGCAUCAGUUCUGUGGAAGGCAGGGUGAGUAGGAAGGGAAAGCUAUCGCUCAAAGGGAAUUUGCCUCUCAAGCCAACCCAAUCAUUUGUUACAGAUAAGAUAGAGCUUAAAUGUGAUUUCCUGGAAGUGCGGAUGAAAAAUUUUUUCAGUGGUCAAGUUGACAGCCAAAUGCAAAUUAUGGGUUCUAUUCUGCAACCAAAUAUUUCUGGAUUUUUUAAGUUGAGCCAUGGAGAAGCAUACUUACCUCAUGACACGGGGAAUGGAGAAGUUACUAACAGUGUUGUUUCCAAAAGAACUACCUUUCCUGCUGCUGGUUUCAGCCGUGCAACUGCUUCAGGCCAUAUAUCAAGAUUUUUUGGUUCAUUGUCUGGUUCCUUACACAGCAUAUGGCCGGAGCCUGGAGGCAAACAUUCCAACGUUGAGGAGAAGUUAGAGGUGGAAAAUGCUAAUCCAGGGAUCGAUGCAAGGCUUACUGAUCUGAAGUUAGUUCUUGGACCUGAACUAAGGAUAGUAUACCCCUUAAUCCUAAACUUUGCCGUUAGUGGAGAACUUGAGCUUAAUGGUAUAGCUCGUCCAAUGUAUGUUAAGCCUAAAGGGAUCUUGAUGUUUGAAAACGGAGAUGUUAAUUUAGUUGCUACUCAGGUUCGGCUUAAACGUGAUCAUCUAAAUGUUGCCAAGUUUGAGCCUGACCUUGGCCUAGACCCUAUUUUAGAUUUAAUAUUGGUGGGAUCUGAAUGGCAAUUCAGGAUCCAAGGUCGUGCCAGUUCUUGGCAGGACAAUUUAAUUGUUACAUCAACUCGCUCGGUGGAUCAGGAUGUUCUCACACCUAGUGAAGCUGCAAGGGUUUUUGAGAGUCAGUUAGCAGAGUCUUUGUUGGAAGGUGAUGGACAACUAGCCUUCAAGAAACUUGCUACUGCAACACUUGAAACUUUGAUGCCAAGAAUAGAAGGAAAGGGAGAGUUUGGGCAGGCACGUUGGAGACUAGUUUAUGCACCACAGAUCCCUAGCUUGCUUUCUGUGGAUCCUACUAUUGACCCGCUUAAAUCAUUGGCCAGUAAUAUAUCUUUUGGAACUGAGGUUGAAAUCCAACUUGGGAAACGUCUUCUGGCAUCAGUUGUUCGACAAAUGAAGGAUUCUGAAAUGGCUAUGCAAUGGACUUUAAGUUAUCAGCUUACAGAUCGACUCCGUCUUCUUUUUCAGUCCGUGCCAUCCAAUCGUCUAUUGUUUGAAUACUCUGCAAUAUCCCAGAAGUAGCAAGUGGGUGGUUUCUAACUAUUCAUUUCAUGUACCUAUUGCCAUGAGAACAAUAACGCACGGUACAUAGCAGCCAUUUGCCACCUUCCUACUUUACUGGAGCUUCAGGCAAUUUUUCGGUAAGCAGAUAAGCAAUCUUGCAUUGAAUGCAAUUUGUAAAUUUUUUUAUUUUUUUACAUUCUGUAAAUUAAUAGAUUGUUCUUUAGUGAAAGACGGAUGGCAUAUUGAUCCUUGACCACCAUCCGUUCAAUGAAAGGAAAAUUCUUUGGCAAUUCAGUUCAUUUUUUUAUUA